CGACCGGAAUUACUGAGUGAAAAAACAAACUCCCAACUUAUUUUUGUUUACCUCAAGCCGUUAGCUCACUUAUUGCCAUACCAUUUUAAGCACUCGUUCUAAGCGGACAACGACGGUUUAUACCAUGAGAACAAUAUUUAUAGUAAGCUUAUUAGCAGUUCCUAUAAUCUUAGUAGUUCUGAGGCAGCCACUGGAGGAGAGCACAAUAACAACAGGUGAUCGAAUCCAGAAUGCGGGCUAUUCCUAUGAAUCCUAUGAUAUUUAUACUGAAGAUGGCUAUGGACUCACCAUAUUUCGUGUAAAGAAUUCUACCUCAACAAAGGCGGAGGGAGAUUCGAGAUCAUCUACUGCUUCACCUACGGCUCCUGUGGUCCUCCUAAUGCAUGGCUUAUCAAGCUCUUCGGAUAUUUGGGUCAUCGAGGGCUUAUCGAAUCCUUUGGUCUAUGAUUUAGUUAAUCAAGGCUAUGAUGUUUGGUUGGGUAACAACCGCGGAAAUAGAUAUGGCAACCGCCAUUUGAAUAUGACAUCGAACGAUAGGCACUUUUGGAGUUUUUCCAUUCACGAAAUUGGUACAUUAGAUUUGCCUCGAAUAAUUGAUUUUAUUUUGGAGCACACCCAACAGCCUUCGCUGCACUAUGUGGGUUACUCACAGGGCACCACUGUGGGAUUUAUAAUGCUUUCCAUGCGGCCCGAAUACAAUCAUAAACUAAAAUCAAUCAGCAUGCUUAGUCCAUGCGUAAUUAUGAUACAUGGAAGUUCGCCAACUAGACAUCUAGCCCGAUUCCUAGGGAUAUAUACUCCAAUACAUUCCUACAUAGGUGACUCGGCCCUUUUUAGACCCUGGAUUAUACGUAAACUUCUGGGCUUCGAGAUGUGUCGCAGUAAAGAUGCCAAUGCAAAAAUAUGCUCUUUUAUCAUCUUUAAACUGUUUGGGGGAUAUUCAGCAUAUCUGGAUGAGUCCCUUUUACCAGAUAUCUUCAAUACUCAUCCAACGACCGCUUCAGCACAUCAGAUACUACAUCUCAUGCAAUUUCAUCACACCAAGAAAUUCAUCCAAUAUAACCAUGGUCCUGAGGUCAAUCAAAAGCGCUACAAUCAAUCAACUCCACCCGAAUACAACUUGUCCAAUAUAAAUCCUCGAUUCCCCAUCCAUUUGUUUUAUAGCGGCUAUGAUGAGUACAUAGCACCAAAGGAUAUUGCAAUGUUAGGCAAGAUAAUGGGCAAUAGGACUAGAGAGCAUUUCAUAGAUUUGGAGAAUUUUUCCCACAUUGACUUUGUAUGGGCAUCCAACAUCAAGGAAGUCAUUAAUCGACCGCUAUUGGAUAUAAUAAACGAAGCGGAAAUGGUAUUGCAAACAGAAGGCAAAUCACCUUUGAAAUUUGAUCGAAAGCAGCAAUUAUAGAAAAAUAUGGAUACGAGUAUUGUGUUUGAAAGCUGGUAAUUAUUUUGGCCCAUGGAAUAAUUUAUUAUAAUUGUCGUUAAUAGCUCUUAAUCUAGUGUAGUGAAAAAAUUAUCAUAUUUGUUGAAGGUUUCAUACUAUGGUCGAUCUCAAUACAUUUCCAUAAAUUUAAUAAUUUAA